AUGCGGGCCGCCUCCCCUUGUGGCCUUGCCUGGGGGCCUCUGGUGCUGGGAUUCUAUGGACUCCUGGCAGCGCCCCAGCCUCGACUGGUGCCCCCAUACCACUCGGAGGACCAGACCUGCCAGGACCAGGAUAAGGAGUACUACGAGCCCAAUCAUCGAAUCUGCUGCUCGAGCUGCCCGCCAGGCACGUAUGUCACAGUUCAGUGUAACCAAAGCCAGAACACAAUUUGCUCCCCGUGUCCCCCAAAUUCCUACAACGAGCACUGGAACUAUCUCACCAAAUGUCAGCUGUGCCGCCCCUGUGACCCAGUGAUUGGCUUCGAGGAAAUAGCCCCUUGCAGCAGCACCAAGGAGACCCAGUGCCAAUGUCAGUCAGGAAUGGUCUGCGCCCAUUGGGAUCCUGAAUGUACACACUGUGAGCUACUCUCUAACUUCACACCUGGCACUGAAGGUGAGCUCAAAGGUGAAGACAGCAAAACUGACAACCAUGUUCCCUGCAAGGCAGGAUACUUCCAGAACACCUCCUCCCCCGUCCCCCACUGCCAGCCCCACACGAGGUGUGAGGACCAGGGUCUGGUGGAGGUAGCUCCAGGCACUGCUCAGAAUGACACUAGCUGCGGGAGCCCAUCAGGAACGCUUCCAGAGACACCAGGAACGAUGUUGGUGCUGGCGGUCUUGCUGCCACUCGUCUCGCUCCUGCUCCUCACCACCGUCCUCGCCUGCACCUGGAAGAGCCACCCCUCUCUCUGCAGAAAACUGGGAUUCCUACUCAAGAGGCAUCCAGAGGGACCUGAACUCAAUGUCGAUGCCAGCUGGGAGCCUCAGAGAAAAGACCCACAUACCCCUGACCUAGUAGAGCCACUUCUGCCCAACUUUGGAGAAAUGCCCCCAGCCUCCGUCAGGAACGCAACAACCCCAGUGUUGGAGAAGGAGGUGCUACAACAGCAGAAUCCUCCAGAUCUGGCCAGGGAGGCAGAGGCUAAUCUCGGGGAUCAGGGUCCAGUGGCCCAUGGCACCAAUGGUAUUCAUGUCACUGGCGGAUCUAUGACUGUCACUGGCAACAUCUACAUCUAUAAUGGGCCUGUACUCGGGGGAGCACGAGCCCCUGGAGACCCCGCAACACCUCCAGAGCCUCCAUACCCCAUCCCAGAAGAGGGUAUCUCUGGCCCUCAUGGCCUUGUUGCCCCUCACCAGGAGGAUGGUAAAGCUUGGCACCUGGCUGAGACAGAGACACUGGGGUGCCACGCCCUCUGA